AUGGAACCACAAAUAUAUUUUACUCUUGUUUCCCUUUUGUUUCUAAACUUGUUUCUGUUGGUGUUUUCUACUACUGAUCAUAAUAAUUAUAGCAGAAGUGAUUUUCCAGUUGAUUUUAUUUUUGGUUCAGGCACAUCUGCUUAUCAGGUGGAAGGAGCUGCUAAUGAAGACGGAAGAACUCCAAGCAUUUGGGAUACAUUUGCACAUGCUGGGUUUGCGCGUGGUGGAAAUGGAGAUGUUGCCUGCGACACAUACCACAAAUACAAGGAAGAUGUGCAGCUCAUGGUUGAAACAGGCCUUGAUGCCUAUAGAUUUUCCAUUUCUUGGUCCAGAUUGAUACCAAAUGGUAGAGGACCCGUCAAUCCGAAGGGACUGCAGUACUACAACAAUCUCAUCAACGAACUCAUUAGCAAUGGUAUCCAACCACAUGUCACACUACACAACUAUGAUCUUCCACAAGCACUUGAAGAUGACUAUGAAGGAUGGCUUAGUCGUGUUGUCAUAAAAGACUUCACAAACUAUGCAGACAUCUGUUUUAGAGAGUUCGGAGAUAGAGUAAAAUAUUGGACAACUGUGAACGAACCAAAUAUCUUUGCCGUAGGUAGUUAUGAUCAGGGAAUUAGCCCACCCCAACGAUGUUCUCCUCCAUUUUGUAUUAUUACGAGCUCUAAGGGAAACUCAACAUUCGAACCGUACCUGGCUGCACAUCAUAUUUUGUUAGCUCAUUCUUCAGCUGUGAAAUUGUAUAGAAGAAAGUACAAGAAACAACAACAUGGGUUUGUUGGUAUCUCUCUAUAUACAUUUGGGAUAGUUCCUCGGACAAAUACAGAGAAAGACAGGGCAGCAUGUGAACGAAUCCGUACUUUUUAUUUUGGUUGGUUUAUGGAACCCUUGUUGCACGGAGACUAUCCCAACAUCAUGAAGGAAAAUGCAGGUGCAAGAAUACCGGCAUUCACAACUCGUGAAUCUGAACAAGUUAAGGGUUCCUACGACUUUAUAGGCAUAAUUCACUACAGCAAAUUUAAUGUAUCGGACAAUUCUGAUGCCCCGAAGACAACACUAAGGGAUUUCAUUGCUGACACGGGUUCAAAUCUACUCGCUGUACAGGAUAUACUUGCAGAUGAAGAGUACCCUAUGGCACCAUGGGCUUUACGAGAAGUGUUGGAAACAUUCAAGAUCCUUUAUGGCAAUCCGCCUAUAUUCAUUCAUGAAAAUGGCCAACGGACAGCAAGCAAUGCAUCACUCCAUGAUGUAUCAAGGGUGGAAUACUUGCAAGCAUACAUUGGUAGUGUGCUUGAUUCCUUGAGAAAUGGAUCAAAUGUAAAGGGGUAUUUUGUGUGGUCUUUCCUUGAUGCAUUCGAGUUGUUGGAUGGAUAUAAAUCAGGCUUUGGAAUGUACUCUGUUGAUAGGAAUGAUCCAGAGUUGAGAAGAUGCCCAAAGCUCUCUGCAGAAUGGUAUAAGCAAUUUUUGAAUGGCUCAAGAUCCUCUCUAGUUGGUGCUAUUGAACUCAAAGACGAUUUAUCACGUGCUUCUCUUGGACAUUCAUUUCAGUAG